UUUUUUGGGCUGCAGCGCCAUCUAUUUGGACCCACGCCAGUAAGGUCCCUUUGCCUGGCGCGGGGACGCUAGAAGCACCGGCUCCAUGGCGACGGUCACUGUCACCUUGGGCGGCCGAGGUGCUACGAAUGGCAGCACGACGAAAUCCGACACGAUGGCGGUUAGCCACCCAAGCAGCAGAUGCAGAUUGUGGGAUACUAGCAGUAGCCGCCGCCGCCGCUUGAGCCGCCGUCGCCGCCGCAAGCUCACAUUCGGAAUCUUCGCGAUCACUACCGCUGGAGUACAGCGCUACUCCGAGGAGACCGCUCAUCUAUACCACAAAGUGUGUCCGUACUGUGUACCGUGUGUGGUGUCUGCAACGCGGCGCUUGGGUUGUAUGCGCUGUGUGCUGCUGUGCUGUUGUGCUGCUGCGCUGCUGCGCUCGAGGGGGGUAUCUGCUAGGAUUUAG